CAUUCAAUACCACCUGGUUUCCAGACUGGAACUCUGUACGGGAACACACUGGAAUACUACCUCGACUUACAUUCAACUUAUUCCUACCUGAACCUCCGGUUCUGUAGGAGGGGAAAAGAGCAAAGCAGAAAGAGAGGAAUAAUGUGGAGUGUAAUGACAGUGGCAUGACUGAAGGGUCAAGAAACAAAGGGAGAGAGACAUGGCUGAUCCAACAAUGUUAUUGGCUGUUGGUCUGUCUUUGGGACUCUUCCUCUUGCUUCUGAUUGGUGUAUCUGUCUACUUCCUGUGGAGGAGGUGCGGCCAAAGACAAUACCAGGAAAUGGUCACCAUGAUAGCUCCCUUCCCAGCAUGCACCACUCCAAUUCUGCUGACCAAUCAUAGACCCAGGUACAGGCCAGAUGAGAUCCCAUUCUUUCUGCCGCCCCGAUUUAAACCAACUCUCAGGAGCGAGGAGAGGGAGGAAGAGGGACGGAAGGACCUCAGCAACACCCAUCGUGGAUCUCUCACAGUAGAGAGCUGGUAUCCAGUAGGUAGUGUAAGGGCAGGUCUGUACUGGGUCCCUGAUGUCAGUGAGGUGUCACCCCCUCCUGGUCGUGCUGUGCAACUGUGCUUCUCAGUGGCCUAUCGCCAUGACAACGAACAGCUUUAUGUCUCGCUACUCUGCUUGAGAAACUUGCCAACAUGUUUCUAUAGUAACGACACACUGGCAGAACUGCGACUUCUCCCUGACGACCGUCGCCGACACAAGGCCAGGGCCCGAUGCAGGGGUCGCGACCCUGAGUUCAACGACAGCUUUGUGUUCCAGGUAUCGGGUGUGUGUGUAUCUGAGAGUGUGCUCAGUGUGUGCGUGUUGAGUGUGGAUCGGGGAGGCAGGCACCAUGCGGUGGGCAGGGUUCUGUUCCCUAUUGAAGGGGAGCUGGGGGAGGGGGGCAGGCUGCUCUGGAGAGACCUAGAGACUAAGGACGAAAUGCAGUGUUCAGGUCUUGGUGAUAUUCAGGUGUCUCUGAACUAUAGUCCGUCUCUACAACGCCUCACUGUGGUCAUACUGAGAGCCCGCAGCCUGCAGAUACACACUGACACAGGCAUGUGUUUCCAGGUGAGCCUACAGAUCCACACUCGGGUAGUUAAAUCCAGACGGACGCCGGUGGUUAGUAGUGGACCUGACCCUGGCUUCAACCACAAGAUGACCUUUAAGCUUCGCCCCUCUCAGCUCGACCAGACCAGUCUGACCUUGGAGCUGAUUGGAUCAGGCCUUACCCCAGUAGGUGUGGUGGUGCUGGGGCCAUUCAUGUAUGCCAGGGGGCCUCAGCUUCAGCACUGGACUGACAUGGUCAAUACACCCAACGAACUGGUCAAACAGUGGCAUGGACUAGGCAAGCCCACAUAACACACACACACAGCAAGAUAAUUGAUUUAAUUGUCAAAAUUUUUCACAGAAGUCUUUCACAAUAAAUAAAUUCCUUACUCCAUC